GACGAGGAGCAGAAACCUGCCAGCAGCUCAAAUUCGCGCCUCAGCACAAUCAGCCCUGGCGGAGCAUGUGCGGUGCUCCUCCUCCUCCUUCGGCAGUGGGGGCCGAACGGCAGAUGCUGCCCAAAUGUGCUCAUUAAUCAAAAGAAGCUUUCGCCCCCGGACGCCUCUGGGCCUCCGGCAGCCAGAAUCUCCGCCGCGGAGCUGAAGGGCGGGGGGCGCCUCCCUCCUGGCGCCCUUAGCAAGCAGCCGCGGCGUCAGACGCAAGCUCUGCCCUGAGCCUAAGGAGAGAAGGGCUCCAAGGUGUUCUGAAUGCGGGUUUCCGGGGAGGAUGCCCUUGGGGUCCCGCGCCUCCUCCAGAAGCUCCGUGAGCUCCGAGGAGCCGAGCGCAGCGCGCCGCAGCCGCAGCAGCCAGGAGCCGCGCCGCGCGUGUCUGCACCAGUCGCCGCCUCGCCUCCCAGCCCUCUUUCCUAAUUUGCCCUCCGAACGAAGUCGGGCCCAAAUUCAUUCUCUGCACCUGUGAGUGAUACACACAAGUUCUCCAGACACGAUUCUUCCUCUAUUAACCCCCACCCGCCUCGGGGUCAGUUUUUCCACCUUUAACCUCGCAACCACCUGGGGGAAGGUGGCAGGAUGGAGGGAAUGGGGCGAGGAGAGGCAUUUGCCCCUUCAAAGGCACAAAAAUCCGUUGCCAAAGCUAAAAGGGUUCGCUUUCUUCGGUUUUUGAACAGUACAGUGGGAUGCCUGCUCGGCUGACCGCUGCCCUGGCCCGAGCCCUGCCUUCUCUCGCUUCCCAGCUGACGCUGAGUUCGGACCGCAGUCGCCCGGCUCCUUCGCCCUGUGGUCAAAGUCUGCGGACGGAUCGAUGCCCGCGCAGGCUUCUCCCUGGGCAGUUCGAUGCUGGCUUAGGUUAAGCCUCCGGAUUCUCACCUUGGCACCUCCUGUUUAUCCUCCUUCACACACACACCCUUCACCAUCACCCCCCCACACACACACACACUCUACCACCAAAGGACGUGCCCUUUUGGUAGUGUCGGGGCUCCCAGCCGGAGCGGGGGGAGGGCGCCUCCCUGUCCCCUCCUCCCCGUCCCUGCCUCAGCUCGGGGUUUUACUGCAGCAGCCGGAGGUGACAGCGACGCCUUAGCCUCCUCCUCAGUUGCUUUUGGAGCCCCGGUUUCCCCUGCAUCGGGAAAGGCCCCCUCCUAAGAGGCUGGUCCCGGAAGAAGUGAGAACGAGCUACAGAUGACCACAUUUUAAAAUGUAGAAGUCACUGCGCUUCAUUCCUCCGAGGACGAGCGUGACCUCCCAGGACAGUGGCAGCGUCUGUGAAGUUGGGACCGUAGAGCAGGGGGAGGGGAGUGGUGCAGCCGACGCACUCUUCGGGAGGAAGUCGCUGGGAGCAUGGCGGUUGGACACAAGUUUGCGUGAGAGUGUUUUCCUUUUGUCAAUCAUUAAUCACCGGAAUCAGUCUGGCAGAAUUGGAGUUUUAGCAAUAGUGCAGAGGGCGGGGCCGAACACCUAACUCUGGGAGUCUCCGGGUGCCUCUCACAGUGAAAAGCUGACAGCAGCUGGGGAGGAGCCAGAGGAUCCGUGCUCAGCUAAAGCCACGGGGAAGAACCCACAACCUGGAGAUGAAGUAAUAAUAACCCAGAAAGGAGAAUUAACCCACACAAGAUCAUUCUGAGGAGAAGUGAAGCAGAAGACCAGACCUGGACACUCCGGAGAGGGUGGACUUUCUACAGCUUGAAAGAGCAUCAUGAGCAUGGAUUUCAGGCGUGUGAAAGAAUAUUUCUCUUGGCUCUACUAUCAAUACCAAAUCAUUACAUGUUGUGCUGUCAUGGAGCCCUGGGAGCAAUCUAUGUUCAAUACUGUUGUGCUAACCAUUUUUGCCAUGGUGGUGUACACUGCCUACAUCUUCAUCCCAAUCCACAUUCGCCUGGCUUGGGAAUUUUUCUCAAAAAUAUGUGGAUAUCACAGUACAAUUUCCAACUGAUCUCAUUUGCACUCGGUGAAAUGGCAUUGCACAUUUAUGUUGCUUACAACUUACUGAUUUAGGUGACUACUAUGCCAUCUUUCACUCUCUGGCCAAAAAAGGACUCUUCUCUAUGCACUCUUACAUACUGCCUGGAGUUUCAGUUAGAUGUCUAGUUUCUUUUGUACAUGCUGCAUUGUGCUUCAGACUAUAGAACAUACAAUGCCUUUACCUCACGUACCAUAUUCACUCAAUGCAAAUCUAUCACUUUAUUUUUUUAAUUAAGAUGACUUCAGACAAAUUUUUUCUGGAAAAUAAAUUCAUAAAAGACCCUAGUAGAAUUAUAUUAAAAUGCUCCUUUGACAUCUAUUCAAUACUGAAGAAUAUACUACCAAAAAAACUCUUCAUAGGCUACUAUCAAAAGUAUCCUAUCCUUGUUUACAAUGUAUAAAAAGAUGUGAAUAAAUUAUCUGACCCAUUAAAGUCUUAUUUUCUAGUAAACUGCUAACACCUAAACAUAUUUUAUUUCUUUUUUUUCCUUUUAAUUAAAUUUAUUUGAAAUUAUUUUACCUUAAUGCAAAAAGCAGGCUGGGGGAAAUUAUUUCUUUCAGACACGGUUCAUAAGUUGUUUCAAAUAUUUAAAAUCAACAAUGUUAAUUUUAGAUAUACAAGUAAGUAUUAUAAUACAUAAUAAGAAACAAAAUAUAAUCAAAGUAAAUUCAGAUAUUGUGACUUUUGAUUUUGCUUUGCCUUUGCAUGAUGCUUGGGGGAAAAGAGAAAAAAAUUGUUUCUUUGCUAUCCUUUCACUCAGGGGAGGAAAAAAAACAUGUAUUGAGUACAGGAAGAAAAGCUAAUAAAUAGGCUAGAAGUAAUAUUCUACCAGCAGGAACUUAACAGCUCCAGUUAAAAUGCUUUGAUACUGUGGCUCCUUUGCAGAACAGAAACAAAAUUUAUUAAAUUUUCCUCAAAAUGUUUAUCCUAAAAGCAAAUAUAAGUUUUUAAUUAUACUGCUGAAUCAAAUGUGAAUGCCAAAGACCAAGCCUUACAGCUUUUCUUUCUCCUUAAUAAAUAUUGUUAGUAAUUCUGGAUGGUAGUAAUACAAAUAAGUUUUGGACAAUAUUUGUACCUUUGUUUUUUUUAGGGGAAAAAAAUUCAAGGAGAGCUAGAAAGAAAGAUGUUGGGCAUGCCAAAUUAAUUUGCAUGUUUGUUAAAAAGCAAACAAACUCAUGUUUUGAAGAGAAACCAAGUCUGAAUAUGUUUUUGUUGACUUUUGCAAAAUAAAAUUGAGUUUAAUUUUGUAAGUAAAAUAUUCUCUUCAGAUUUGCUUUUUCCUCAUUUUGCACUAUUUAUCUGGGUGGUACAUCAUAUCUCAAUUUUUUUUUUUUUUUUUGUAUCAGGGACUGAACUCAGGACCUCGCACUUGCCAGGCAGGUGCUGUGCCACUAAGCGACAUCCCUGGCUCCUCAAUUUAAUUCUGACUAAUCUAAUGUGGUACUGAUCUUAAAAUGGUAGAAUAAAGCCAACAUUUACCAAGGAACUUCUCCAUGAAGACAUGUUGCACAUGUUGAAAUUACUUCAAAAACAGUACUUUAGAGAGAAGCUGAGCCAUUCCCAGCACCCAGAAGGAAGCUUCCCUGCCAUCAUUCCAUGUUCCUAGGGCA